UUGACCGACCAAUCAGCGUGCAGAAAAUCAAUUUCGAUUAACCAAUCAGCGACGGGCUUAUAUACCAUUAUCGGAUCGUUAAAAAACAUGGAUGCGCCCAGUUUGGACAACGUUUUGACAAAAGUUUUGCCAAAAUUUGGUAUAAAUGAUAUAAAGAAGGAGCAAAAGGAAAUUUUAGAGUGUUUAGUUAACAAGAAGAAGUGCGUGGCUGUACUCCCGACUGGUUUUGGCAAGUCACUGCCGUUUCAACUGUACCUUCCAGUUGUCCGGGCGGUUAUUGAAAACAGUUCUGACUGAAAAGUUUUAGUCUGUUGUCCCUUAGUAGCUCUGAUGCAGGACCAGGUGGAAAAACUCUCGCACAUUGGAAAUAUUACUGCUGCAUACAAAGGGGCCAAGAUGAAGGAGACAGAAAAAAAGGCUUUUCGAAAAUGGUUUUCAAAUGUAGGUGAACUAAGAUCCCUCUUUUCCGAUGCUACAGUAUUGGCUUUAAGUGCAACUUGCACUGUAAGCUUUAGGAAAAAAGUCAUGAAAAUAUUGCAGCUAGCGGAGGACACAACAGAAAUUAAUUUAUCACCAAACAAGUCUAAUAUUAAACUAGUAUCUUCCAAAAUUAAAAAUUAAAUUGAAAUGGGAAUGACAUGGUAAGUAGAUGCAUUAGAGGAAAAAAGUCAGGACUUCCCACGUACACAUUUGUAUUGUUCAUCGAUAAAUGACACUUCCAAACUUUAUAAAUACAUUGUAACAGAAUUGCCACAUUGUGCCAAGUAUAUUGAGAUGUUCCAUUCUGAAACUCCAGAUGUUAACAAAAACAUCAUAAUUAAUGCAUCGAAGGAGGAAAGUAGUGUUUUGAGACUUAUUUUGUCAACCAGUGCCCUGGGAAUGGGUUUAGAUGUAAAAAAGUGUAGUGGAGUGGUAUUAUUUGGACCUCCAAAUUAUAUGGUAGAUUUGCUGCAAGAAAUAGGGCGAGUGGGGAGGGAUGGAAAUCCAUCAUUUGCCAUUAUCCUAUACAAUGGAUACCACUUGCAGAAGUUGAAACCGGAAGCUAAGGCAAUUCUUAAAGCUAAAGAUUGUAGGAGAAAGGAUCUGAUGUGUAAUUUCCUCAGAAAUUCAGACUUGGAUGAUUUGAUGAAGAAAGAAGGCAGGAAACAUUCAUGCUGUGACUUGUGUACUAAGUCUUGUAAUUGUGAAUCCUGUGAUAUGUUACCUCUUGAGAAGUUAUUUCUGUCAGAACAAGUUGUUGAGGAGCUCGAGGAGCAAGAAGAUUCUGCUGUUUCAGAUAGCGAUACUGAAGACUACAAUUUGUCGGCCUAUGAAUACUUCGAAGAUCUAGAUAUGGCUUUAUUAGAAAUACAAGAUGAUUAAAACAGUUGAUAUUUAUUUA